AUGACCAUGCCGCCACUGGCAUCCACCAAGUCGAAGAACAGUGCAAAGCUGCCCCCGGAGAACGAACGCUACAUGAGAGCUUGUUCAGAUAUUGCCAAUGUGUUGAUCCAGGAAUAUGAGUCUCAGACCGAUCCUACGAAACCGAAGAAGGAUAUCAACCUCAACAAACUGCGGGGUCAAAUCGCAAAGAAGCACAGUCUCGCGGCGCAGCCCCCGCUAACGGCCAUUAUCGCUGCGGUCCCAGAACACUACAAGAAGUACAUCCUUCCCAAGUUGAUCGCAAAGCCAAUCCGAACGUCGUCCGGCAUCGCCGUCGUGGCCGUGAUGAGCAAACCCCACCGCUGCCCUCACAUCGCCUACACGGGUAACAUCUGUGUCUACUGUCCUGGAGGUCCUGAUUCCGAUUUUGAGUAUUCGACCCAGUCCUACACGGGCUAUGAGCCCACCUCAAUGCGUGCGAUCCGCGCUCGCUAUGAUCCGUUCGAACAGGCCCGAGGACGAGUUGACCAACUGAAAUCUCUCGGUCACAGCGUCGACAAAGUGGAAUACAUCAUCAUGGGUGGAACAUUCAUGUCGCUCCCCGAAGACUACCGCGAGUCUUUUAUUGCGCAACUGCAUAAUGCGCUGAGUGGCUAUCAGACUGACAAUGUCGACGAGGCCGUUCUGGCCGGUGAGAUGAGCAACGUGAAGUGCGUGGGUAUCACCAUUGAGACGCGUCCCGACUACUGUCUCGACACCCACCUCAGCAGCAUGCUUCGCUACGGCUGUACCCGUCUCGAAAUCGGUGUCCAGAGUCUAUACGAAGACGUCGCCCGAGACACCAACCGUGGUCACACUGUCGCCGCUGUGGCCGAGACCUUCAAACUCGCCAAAGAUGCCGGCUUCAAGGUGGUCAGCCACAUGAUGCCGGAUCUGCCCAACGUUGGAAUGGAGCGAGAUCUCUUCCAGUUCCAGGAGUACUUCGAGAACCCCGCGUUCCGCACAGACGGGCUGAAGAUCUACCCGACGCUGGUCAUCCGCGGAACCGGUCUCUACGAACUCUGGCGCACCGGCCGCUAUAAGAACUACACGCCCAACGCGUUGAUCGAUCUGGUGGCGCGUAUUCUCGCCCUCAUUCCGCCCUGGACCCGUAUCUACCGUGUGCAGCGCGACAUUCCCAUGCCGCUCGUGACGUCGGGCGUGGAGAACGGUAACCUACGAGAGCUCGCCCUGGCGCGGAUGAAGGACUUUGGCACGACGUGCCGUGACGUUCGCACCCGCGAAGUCGGCGUCAACGAGGUCAAGAACAGGAUUCGCCCGUCGCAGAUCGAGCUGGUGCGGCGGGAUUACACCGCCAACGGCGGCUGGGAGACCUUCCUCGCCUACGAAGACCCCAAACAGGAUAUUCUCAUCGGCCUACUGCGUCUGCGCAAGUGCAGUCCCACCCACACCUUCCGCCCCGAGUUUACCGGCCAGCAGACCAGUAUUGUGCGAGAGCUGCACGUCUACGGCUCCGCCGUGCCGCUGCAUGGGCGUGACGCGCGCAAGUUCCAGCACCGAGGUUUCGGCACCCUCCUGAUGGAGGAAGCUGAGCGCAUCGCCCGCGAGGAGCAUGGAAGCCGCAAGAUCAGUGUGAUUUCCGGUGUCGGCGUCCGCAGCUAUUACGCCCGUCUUGGCUACACCUUGGACGGGCCGUACAUGUCCAAAAUGUUGGACCCGGUCGAGGUCGCAGAAUUGUAA